AUGAACAGCAUUGUACAGAUAUAUUUUAAGGUCUCAUCUGGAGUUUGUAUUGCACCAAGCCCAGACUUGAAUGUUAGUUCGCAAAUUGUUUCAUUUUCUUCCUCCGAUUACAAACAGUUCACUAGUGACGUAAUUCCUCGUCCUCCGACGCCGCCGGUCAUAAGUGAAAGCGAGCCAAAUACAGCUUCUAAUGAAGAAAAUAUUAAGAGGGACGAGGUCCACCAUGCUGAAGGUCCCUCUAGCAGCAAAACAGCAGAAGGAGCUGAGGAUUUUAACUGCGACAUAUUCUCAUCGGAAGACGAGGAGGCCAUUGAUUCAAUGCUUGAAAGGCCUUUUGAAGAUGGUCAGACGAGUAAGUUAACAAUACCAGAAGAAGGGGAAAAGAGAGAGAAGGUUGUGUUGGCGCAUCGUGAUACAGACUACUUUGACGUGUUACCGGAAGGCUGGGUCGAAGUUACACACAGUUCUGGUCUACCUAUAUACCUCCAUAAAGCGUCGAGAGUUUGCACCUUUUCUCGCCCGUACUUUAUUGGGCCUGGUAGCGUUCGUCACCAUUCGGUUCCCGAGUCGGCUAUACCCUGCCUUCAUCAAAAGAGGGUUUUGAAGCAAGUAGAAGAGCGAGCAAAAGAAAGUGAAGCAGCUCUUGAAGAAGCUUUAAAGAGCUCAAACAGUAACCUUGAGGGAGCAGAUCGUGAAGAACUUGCUAAACUGACUAUUGCACGGCUUCAAGCACCAGGGACAAAAGUUCAAGUUAAAUUCCAGUCAGCUGAAGAUUUUAAACAACGACAGUUAACUCCUCAGGCACUACAUGAAUACGCUAAGAAAGUCUUUCGCUUUAAAACUAUCCAAAUAUAUCGUUUCAAUAAGUGGUCGGCCACUCGUAGUUUUCAUCGUCAGAAAAAGAUGGCAGAAGCCGAACGUCUAGGUAAAUUAGCUCCAGGAAUUGAGGUUCCGACCGGGCGUCCUACGCUUCCAUCGAACGUUCAACUUAUUACUGUUCCUGCUUUGGAAAAUAAUCAGAAACCUCAUCAUAAGGGCUUCUUCUUGAAUCCUCAUGGUAAAACUUCUGUGAGCAUUUUGCACGAGUAUGUACAGAAAGUGUUGAAGAGCACAAUUAGUUACGAAUUUGAAGAAACGAGGAACUCCUCCACUCCGUACGCCUGUUGUGCACGAUUGAAAAUCAACCUGAGUAAUCGGGUUAUGAAUGCUGUUACUAUCAAGGAGAAGUUGUUACUGUUACAGGAGAAAGAAAAGAGAGAUCAAGAGCUGCAGAACAAUGGGGAGAAUUCUGCAGAAGAUUUUGUUGUUCUUGGGAGAGGAUGCGGAAACAGUAAGAAGGCAGCGAAGUUAGAUGCGGCGAAAAGUGCACUGAAAAUACUUAUUCCGGCUAUUGAAUUUGAUUCUGAGGGGAUAGCAAGGACGCAAAAAAAGGAGAAUGAAGAUGCAAAAUGUGAGGAGGGAGAUGCGGUGGCCCUAUUUGAUAUGCUUCCAAUAGAAGAUUCACGUAUUCCGGAUUUAUCGGCACGCGCUGGGCAACCAUCACCAUACUUAAUUUUACAGGAAUGCUUGAAAAGACAUGCUGUUCACGGUGACACAGAAAUUAAGUUGCGUUCAGAAAGGGUAAAACACCAAAAGCAUAAGUUUGAUAUGGAUGUUGGAAAACACAGGGUUUCUGUUAUUUGCUCAAACAAACGGGAAGGUAAACAAAUGGCAUCUCAGGCAAUGUUAAAGAAAUUGCAUCCACAGUUUGAUAAUUGGGGAUCACUUAUUCGUUUAUAUGGCCAGGAAACGCAGCAGAAGCAUCAAGAAGCUAGGCGUUGUCGGCAAAGUAUCAUUAAAUUACAAGGUUCGCGAGAUAAGGGUAGUUCGUCACUUGAACCAAACCGAGCAAUUCUUGAAAAGUUAAGAAGUGAAAUGUUGAAUGUUUUGAAGAGCAAAUCACGAUCAGAGAACAUGAGGAUUAGGCCACCGUUAUCCUAUUCGGGAGAAUUGCUGGAUGGUGAAAAGGUCGCAGAGCAGUCUGAAAUGUAUGCGAAAUCUCAUCCUGAUACGCAAUCCACUUUUAGGAUUGACUUUUAA